AUGUUCAAAGCGAGGGUUCGCGAAUCCUCAACGGGCCAUGCGCAGCCGUCGAGGUUGGUGAACGCACGGAGCAGACGCCCUCUGAGCCAGGGCCUUUGCCUUGCGAUUCUUGUUUGUCUUGGAGUCCCAGCGCUUUACCUUUACAGAAGCGGGCUUUCAGCAUUCAUUCUCGGAGUGCAGUGUGGCAGGAGCACCGAAGAGACGCCUGGGGCGCGGGACUUUAGCUGGGACGACAUCACCCCAAGCGACACACUCGAGUACACGCCCUGUUUCGCCGGCUUUCAGUGCGCGCGUCUUUCCGUGCCUCUGAACUGGAACGCUACGGUCGAAGAGUCGGCAAGCGGUCCGCGAGCCGCCAUAGCCAUCAUCAAGCUUCCCGCACAGGUCCCUGUAACAGAUCCGCGGUAUGGGGGCCCUGUGGUCGUCAACCCCGGCGGUCCAGGAGAAUCAGGCGUUUAUCAGGUCUUAGCCGAUGGGAGGAAUCUGCGAGCCCUGCUCGAUGCGCCCCCUUCGUCUCCGAGUGACAGUGGGAAACAUUUUGACAUCAUCUCCUUUGACCCGCGUGGGGUCAACAAUACGAGACCUCGUCUGCAGUGCUUCACAGACCCGUCUGACCAGCAGGCAUGGCUCGCGAGCCUGCCCGACUAUGGGCUACUUUGGCACUCUGAGAGCGUGACUGGUCUCGAGUGGGCUCGUGCUGAGGCCCUCGGGGCGAGCUGCUCUCAUGGCGAGGGAGACACGGGCAUCCUGCGGCAUGUCAACACGGCGCAGACGGUGCAGGACAUGGUACAGAUCAUCGAGAAGGAGGGCGAAUGGCGGGCGCAAACAGCGUCCAAACUUGUCUCCCGCUUUCACGACCAGAAAAGUGCGAACGACGUCAUGGAGCGCUUGGCCUACCACCCGGGCAAGGAGCGCAUCCAGUACUGGGGCAUGAGUUACGGGACGCUCAUCGGGUCCACAUUCGCAGCGCUGCAUCCUGACCGCAUACGGCGCAUGGUUCUAGAUGGUGUCGUUGACCCGGCGGACCACUACUCCGGGGGCUGGCUCACGCAGCUGCAAGAUUCGGAUAAGAUCCUGAGCAAGUUUUGUGAGUACUGCUACGCAGCUGGACCCAGGCUGUGUCCGCUCUAUGUCAACUCGUCCGCUGCGGACGUGGAGGACCGUCUCAUAUCGAUACUGCUUCACGUUAAGGAAGCCCCCGUUCCCAUGGCGGUCACCUACCAAGAUGGGAGUCACGCCGGGCCUGGUCUGGUCACAUACGGCGACGUCCAUCUGCUGCUUCUGUCAGCCGUGUACUUUCCUUUUGCAUCGGCUGCCGGUUUCUUCGACGUGUUGCUUGCAUUGGAACGCAGAAACACAUCAUCGCCGGCUCUGAGGCGGAUUGUAUCCAGAAAACACGAACGUGCAACCCGCUCGAUGCCGCUCGAUGGCAACAUACCCUAUGUGUCGGCACUUGGGUCCUUCCAGGCGAUAUCGUGCAUGGACUCCGGACCGCUCAAUUUGACGCGAGAGACAUUCAAGGAAUUCCUCACCAUCUUGCAGGGUCAAAGUCGAUGGUUGGGUCUGAGCUGGGCGCGCAAUAAGCUGGCCUGCCUGGGCUAUGACGUGGAAGCGGCGUGGAAGCCACCCUUUAGCUUCAAGACGCAGCAAUGGGCCAACACAUCGCACCCGCUGCUCAUUGUUGGGAAUACACACGAUACGGUAACGCCGCUGCGCAAUGCGCAUCGCGUAUCGACACUGUUCCCAGGAAGUGUGGUCCUACAGCAGGAUUCACAAGGUCAUUGUUCGCACUCAGCACCGGCGCCGUGUACGUUGAAGGCCAUACGGCGGUACUUUCAGACAGGAGAGCUGCCCGGGGACGGCGACGUGUGCGAACCGGGGAUCCGGCCGUUCCUUGGCUGUACAGCCAAAGAAGGCGGGCGCGGCCAAAAUUGCGUGUUUGAGGAUGCGGAAGAGCAGAGGCUGUGGGACGUGGCAAUCGCAUUGGCCGACCCGUUUGGCCUGAGAUAG